AGUCAUUGAGGUUAUAAAGUAGUUAUAAGCGAAAGUGUCUCGACAGCAUCGACGCUGCCGUUGCAGAGCUGAUGGCAACAAUGCGCUCCUGCUAUCCUUGUUGUUGUGUAGUAGGAUUUAAAAAAGCUAAAAGAGGGAAGAAGGUAUAUAGGGUAACUUUCGGCCUGCUAUAAACACCUAGACAUUCGAUUAGUAGCAUCGUUUUACAGUAAAUGUCGCUCCUGAAGGGAACACGUCGCGGGUAAAAAGAAGGAAAUGCGCCGUUAAACACAAUGAUUGCAGAGUCUGCCGCCUUGUUUCCAGACAUUGUUAUCGUGCGCCAACCUGUCUCUGUGUGUGUGCCUGUCCACUGCAAGGCCACGCUGAGUGUCCGUGCUGAGGGUGCAAGCGUCCUCAGCUACCAGUGGUUCACAAGCGAUGACAAAAAUCCCAAUGGACCACCACUAAAUGUGUAUGGUGGAACUCAAGCAGACCUGACCAUUGAGGCCAAAAAAAGCCAAGGCUACGUGUGCCGGGUGAACGAUAUCUUUUCCAACUGUGUGUUCAGUGAGUGGGUGAAAGUCAAGGUGCUGGACAUUGGUGUAUCAGGUCUGCCGCUGCAGUGGAAGGGGGAGCCCCACAUCGCUAUCAACCUAAAACCACAGACGGUCCAACUCGGUGAAAAAAUUACACUUCGGUGUGUUGCUUUUGGCAAUCCUGCACCAAAAUAUGAAUGGUACAUAAAUGGAAAUCUGCUGUGUGACAAGAUCAGCGACACUCUCCAGAUUGACCGUGCCAUGGCCGAACACAAAGGAACAUACAUGUGCUCGAUGUCUAACGUGCUGCAGGAGAUAUGGAGCCAAGCCGUGGAAGUGAAUGUGGUGCAAAAUGGUCAACUUCCUCUAUCAGCGCAUACAGCUGUUGACAAAGUUGCCUUGCUCAUCGGUAACUUGAGUUACUCCCACCACCCUCGCUUACUGGCCCCCAUGAUGGAUGUACAUGAGCUGUCCAACCUCCUGCAGCAGCUUGGGUUCCGAGUGGUGUCCUUGCUGGAUCUCACCAAAGUGGAGAUGCUGGUUGCUGUGGACAAGUUCAUUAACCUCCUAGACAAAGGAGUUUAUGGUCUUUUCUACUAUGCCGGACACGGCUUUGAGCGUGCCGCCAGAAAUUACUUGGUACCUGUUGAUGCUCCGGUGCCGUACCGAAGUGAAAAUUGCCUGUGUGUUCAACGCGUCAUGCAAAGCAUGCAGCAACGACAGACCGCACUGAGUGUUAUCCUAUUGGAUACCUGCCGCAAAUGGUACAACCAGCAGUGCCUACCAUCAACCAUCAUGGCUUUGGAGCCCAAGGGGAAUACAGUAUACGGUUACGCCACAUGUGAAGAUGCUGUGGCUUUUGAGGUCCAGGAUGGAGGGAAAAGCACAGGAAUCUUCACCAAAUACUUGAACAAGCACAUCCUUCAGGCGGAGAAGGUCACACACGUUUUGGAGAGGGUGUCAGAGGAUUUAGGCAGAGACCCACUGGUAAGAGGCAAGCAGGCUGUGGAAAUCAAGCACACCUUGAAGGAACCUCGCUCGCUUGCAGAUCCGGUUCGAACCUCCGGCUACACGAAGGAGCUGCACCUUAGAGAAGUUUGCUGGCGACAAGCAAACAAGCUACCAAGAAAGAAGCGGCUGAUUUUCCUUUGUGGGGUAGAAGUGGAAGUCAGCUUUUCAGCUUUGUUCUCAAAUGUCAUGGUGGCGUUUGGAAUUAUCAACACCACAGGCCCCAAAACGGACAACUGCACCAUCGCUCUCAGCAGCAUACCGCCCAUGGAAGACAUUUUUUCUGGGCCCGGAAGGAUGGAGGAGAUGGACUCCAUACUCUUUAACAAAGCUGACUGUACUCUGCGAGUGUGUGGACUUCAAAAACUUCAGGAAUCACUGGUCAUCAAGGUGGAUCUACAUUAUACUCACAUGGACAGUAGGGCGCGCCUUACAGAGAGUCUACAGGUGGACAUAGGAGAGCCUAUGGUGGCCUCCUGCAAAUUGUACAAGACACUUCAAACUAAGUCGCCCAUGAAACCGUACUCGGCUUCUGCACAAAGUACUGGCAAAAUCGCACAAUGCAAGAACCUGGCCGAUCACACCCGAGCCGGUCCCUGUCGCCCUUUCACGAGGAAGGCUGAGUGCGGCGCUAAUGUGGCGGUCCAAAGGUGCAACGAACCUGAGGAAAAUGAUGAGAAUGAGCUACAUGACUUCAGAUGUCAAUUUUAAACCAUUGUCGGUCUUUUCUACUGUAAUGUUGUGUUACUUAUUUAGCCCUCUACUUGUACAUGCUUAAUGAUGAUGACAAUUGAAUGUUGUUUUGAGUGUCUUAUCAUAUAUUUUCAAUUACUCAAAGCUGAAAAGCUUGGAUAAAGUACUUAUUUUUUUUAUUUUUCCAAGAUGGCGCUGCUGUAGUGGCUGCUGUAGGCAGGAGCUCUGUGCUCUUGUGUCAUCCUUUUGAGUUUCCCUCUUGUUUUCAUGUGUUAUUAUAUUUUUUUGCAUUUUGGUCCGGGACCCUUUGGGACUGUGUGACAAGGGGUGACACUUUUGUGACCUCUGUGGUGCUUUUUUUGUGGACUUCUGGAUCUGCCUCCCGGGAGCCUUUUGGCCAUGGAGACCAGCUGCUGGGUGUCUGCUAUACCAGAGUCUGUUUGGAUGUACUGGAGGAGAUGCGGAUGAGGGGGACAGGGCUGCGGAGCUAGCACUGAGCGCUGGGACGGAGAGGCUUCGCGGUGUCUUGACUGGGUGAGCAGGUGUCGGACACCUCAGUCACCUUGGACGUAUCCUCGCUCAUCCAUGCGGACUGGACAUUGGCCGAGAGUGGAGUCUGCUAUCUUGGUUGCUUUGUUGGGUCUGCUCCUGUCUCUGGCCAUGCUCCCUCCUCCCCAGCAGACCAUGGCGUGGAACACCGCAGAGGCCACCACAGUGUAUAUGUUUAUUUUACUUUUUAUUCAUAGCUGUAUGUAGAAGUGUCUGGUUGUAUCUGUUGCUUUAAUGUCUUUAAUGUCCUCUGUGUUCUUUGGUGAUUGAUGUUUCCCUCUUACACACAUGUAAGAGGGAUGUGUACUAUGGCUAUGAGUUGUUGUUUUUUUCCCUUGGCCUCACUCUGCACCCCCACUCCAGGGCCUAGGCUAAGACCGAUUUUUUUUAAUUUUAUUUUAAUGUUCUAUUCCCCCCCCCCCCCCCCCCCCCCCUUGUUUACCUGUAUGUCAUCUUUUUUGUAAGGGGCGCUGGAAGCCGGCAGACCCGUCAGCGAUCCUGUUCUGUCUCCCUGUAAUGUUUGUCUGAUCUUGAAUGGGAUUGUGCUGAAAAUUGUAAUUUUCCUGAAGGAACUCUCCUGACGGAAUAAAUAAAGUACUAUCUAAUCUAAUCUAAUCUAAUCUAUUUGCAAUCAAAAAGGUGUAAUGAUCAUUUAAUCCUCAGCAGACAAGGACUGGCGUUUUUGUCCUUUCAGUAAUUUUUUUUCUGUAUUUCUGGCUGUAAUUUUGAUGGGUUUUUAUUUAUUAAAUUUAAAAAUGUUAA